AUGCAGAUAACACAGGCCAGGAAUGCUAAAACAUUAACUCCAUCCCAUAUGAAACAGUGUAUCCUUUCUGAAAGUCGAUUUGACUUCCUCAAAGACUUGGUUAAAAAUGUACCAGAUGCAAGUAUACAAGAAGAUAAUGAGUAUAAUGCACUUUUUGAAGAGAGUCCCAUUAGAGAGGUGCCCGUUGUUGUCCCCAAAAACCCUAGGGGCAGACCAAGAGAAAAACACCAGCCCCACACUGAAGUGAGUCCAUCACCAUCAAAUGAGCAGAGUACAUCCAGUAGGGCACCAGUUAUUCAUUAUGGACCAAAAGUUGUCAAAGCUGAGAACACAAAAUUGAACUUUUCAGCAAAAGAAUUAUUGAAAGAAGAACCAGAAUUACAUAAAGCAAUGAAAGAGGAGCCAGAAUUACACAUAACUAUAGCUUCAGAACAGUUGCCUGUCCCACAGCUUUUAUCUGCAAGUAUAUCAAGUAGUUUACCAUCCAGAGUUGUGUCAAGUGAUAAUGUGCCCCCAUUGAUACCAAUUUCCAAUUAUAAUCAGAAUACAAAUGACAGCCUAUGUAUUGAUGAGGAUUAUGAUAACUAG